AAUUCAGGGUAUAUUAAAAUGCUUACUAUUAUCCACUUAUAAGGCCAAUGACAUAAUUUUCAAAGAAUAUCCCUUACUUCUCCGUAAUGAAAGAUUAAUUGCGCAAAUACAAUAAUUCAUCCAUGUAUUUAGCACUGUUUCUUAGUAUUCAGCAAAAUUCGAACAUGGCUAUAAAAUACAUGCCAUUUUCUGACUUGUAGCUAGUCGCGUCGAUUAUUCUUUUCAACAAACAAUAAACUUCAUUUUUCAAAGUGCAAAAUACGUCCUUAUUUUGUAGUUAUAAUUUUUAUAAUUAUGUGAUUUUGACGAAAAUGUUUUAUUACAAUUUUGAAUAAAUGCAAAAUUUGGGAUGAGUUUGAAUUAAGUUGCCUUGGUUUGAAUAGAAAAAUGGUUGAAAUGCGAAAUAAUUUUAGUAUUAUUUUUGUCGCUCUGACAAUAACGAUGAUUUGCAGUCAUUGUACAAAUGGAUUUAAUGUGUCACCAGUGCCGAAUAUCGUUUUUCGUGAACCGAAAGCUUUGAAUAAUUCGAAUAGUUACUUUGGAUAUUCGGUGAACCUAAAAGCCAAUGGCGUUCUGAUUGGUGCUCCACGAGCUCGAUCCAAUUCCCCGAAUGGACAAUUUGAAUCCGGUGCCGUUUACAAAUGUGAUUUGAAUAAGAUUUCAAAAGGAGAUUGCCAACUUUUCAAUGGUUUGGGAAAUAUAGAAAAUUUAAAUGGUUCGUGGCUUGGAAUGUCAAUGGAUAGUGGCGCACGUGAUAAUGAAGCGUUUGUGGUUUGUGCACCGCGAUUUACCACACCGUGUGAAGAACGCAUUAAAAGAGAUAUUGAAAUCUUUAGGAAACAUGGGGAGACGUAUGAGUAUAAAAAAAAACCAUACGGUACAUAUGACAAAGCGAUACAUGGCAAUUGUUAUUGGGGAAAUGAACAAAAACAUGAAAUGAAACUCGUCUUUAACUUCACAAUGAAGCAGUUAUUAGAUGACUCAGAUAUACAAGUAGGCAAAAAUGAAAAACCAUUCAAGUAUUAUGAUGGAGAGCAUGGUUUCAGUGUUCACAUCACCGAUAACAACAAAGAAAUUCUGAUGGGUGUACCUGGUUCAGCAUAUUCCAGAGGUUUGGUAAUUCGAAAGAAAAUCAACACACUUCGAACAACAAGUCAGCUUAUUGACUCUGAAGUGCCUAACCCACGAUUUUGGGAUGACGGCAGUAAGAGAACAGUAAACACAUAUUUCGGUUUUUCCAUUUCGUCUGGUUAUUUUGAUGGCCCCAGAAAAUCCAAACUACUUUAUGUGGCUGGUGCACCAAGGGAUAUUGAUGAAACUGGAGCAAAUAAUGGGGCUGUAUACAUUUUUGAUUUUCAAACACAUUAUAUAAAUUGGCAAAUGGAAACCGUAAUGAAAAAGCAUUACACAUUUAAUGGUGAAUGGUUGGGUGAAUAUUUUGGCUAUAGCGUGCUGGUGGAGGAUUUUGACAACGAUGGUCUCAUGGACAUUGCCAUUGGUGCACCAUACCGAUCCUCCGGUGCUGUGUACAUUUACAAAAAUCGCAAAACGAUCGAUUCUUUGAAUUUCAAAUUGCACUGUAUUUUACAUACAACCGAAAAAGGUUAUUAUCGGGACAAAAUGUUCGGGGCAGCUUUGAUGAAAGUUGGCGAUAUCAAUCAAGACGGAUACAAUGAUCUAAUAGUUUCGGCGCCUUUUGAAGGUAAUGGAGCCAUCUAUAUUUACCACGGCAGUUCAGAUGGUCUUUUGGACAAACCUGCCCAGAAAAUCCAUGCACCCAGCAACGCAGUCAAGUUAGAUCAAAUGUUUGGUUAUGGAUUAUCGAAAGGAGUCGACUUGGAUGGAAAUAAUUAUGUAGAUUUUGCGGUCGGAGCUCCUAAUGCUGGAGCUGUUUAUAUUUAUAAAACAUAUCCAGUGAUUCGAAUUGAUGGCAGCAUCAAACCUAUCGAUGAAAAAAUACCAAUUAGUGCCAAGACAUUCGAUCUCAGCGCAUGCUUUCGUUAUGAAUCAAAUCACAAGAUCGAAUUUGACGCUCAAUUACGUGUCGUCGUCAAAUUAGUUGACAAAUUCACUCGUGCACAUUUUCAAAUUGAUGGAUGCAAUGAAGAGGCGUGCGAAUUGAAUGUCACUUUGGCACCAAAUGCGAGUUCAAAGUGUAUUUCACUUAAAGCGUCUGUAAUAUUCCAAACCAAUUACAUAUACGAACCGAUUCAUAUGGAACUUAAUCACAGCGUGAUUAAUGCUAUUCCAAAAUACGAUGCUACUAUGGACAACUCAGAGUUUUGCGAAACGUGCGUGGCUCUUGAUCCUAAAAGUGUAAGAAACGCAUCGAAUGUAAUAAAAUUCGAUCCUGGAUGCAAGCAUGAGCACUGUGUAACGGAUUUGCGAGUAACAAGUGCAUUGAGCUAUAAUGCAACGAAGUGCAGUGGACGAGAAUCGUUCAAACGCGGUGAUUCUUCUUUGACAAUCAACUACACGGUUGAAAAUCAUGGUGAAUCCGCUUAUUCAGCAAAUAUUUAUGUCACAUUGCCAGAUCAUGCCCACUUUAUGAAAAUCCCCUCUACUUGCGAACAAGGUAUCGCUCAAGAGCUGAUUUCGAAUAAGACAGUAUACAUCUGCAGUUUGACCAGUGAAGCUCCGAUGUUUCGUGGUGAUAAAACUACGCUGAACAUUGACAUUAACACGCGCAGUCUGACUACGAUCCAAACCAUUCAAAUAGAAGCAAUAGCUUCCAGUCACACAACUGCGACAGGCUCACCCAUAUUUGAUAACAUUGCACACAUAGAUAAUGUUCCGGUGACUGAUUACAGCAACAUUGAAGCUUUUGGGUACUCUGACAAUUCCGAAAUUAAAAUACAAGCUGGUACCAACACACAAGAGAAUCUAACGCACGAAUUCGAGAUUAAGAACCAUGGCCCAAGCAACAUCGAUUCGUUGGAUGUUUUCAUUUAUUUGCCAACAAAAUAUAUCGACCCGGUUACGAAGAAUGCCAAAGAGCUCGUUGACAUUGAAAAUGUUUCAUUUCACAAUAAAUUCGAAGGGAACAAAUCGGAUAUCAAAUGGUCUCAAACACCAUAUUCAGACAGCCCAGUUGCAUUGACUACAGCUGUGUCGAAGAAUGACCCGAUUCGAAGUAAUUUAAGUGCGGUUCAAACUAUUUAUUUCGAAUGCAGCCAUUCCGGAUACGAACGCUGUUCCAAGGGCGAGUUCAGAAUUACUAACUUUGAAAGUCACACAUCAUUUGUUAUCACUUUGACGUUUCCAAUCGACACGAAAAAAGUGGCCGAUAUAAUCAGUGAAGCAGGUCAAGACAAUUUCGUUGUUUUCACUUCAAUU